UCUCUCAACUGCAGUUCAUUUCUCCUUUGUUCGCAGCUUCGCUGAAGAGAAUCGGAAAAUGGUUUCGCUGAAGCUACAGAAGCGGCUCGCCGCUAGUGUCCUCAAGUGUGGAAGAGGCAAAGUUUGGCUCGAUCCUAAUGAGGGCAACGAAAUCUCCAUGGCCAAUUCCCGCCAAAAUAUCAGAAAAUUGGUGAAGGAUGGUUUCAUCAUCAGGAAGCCAACCAAAAUUCACUCCAGAUCUCGUGCUCGCAGAAUGAAGGAAGCCAAGAGGAAAGGCCGUCACUCUGGAUACGGUAAGCGCAAAGGUACCAGGGAGGCUAGACUGCCCACAAAGGUGCUUUGGAUGAGGAGAAUGAGAGUCCUUAGGCGCUUGCUUCGCAAGUACAGGGAGUCAAAGAAGAUUGACAGACACAUGUAUCAUGACAUGUACAUGAAGGUGAAGGGUAAUGUUUUCAAGAAUAAGCGUGUGCUGAUGGAAAAUAUCCACAAAACAAAGGCUGAAAAGGCUAGAGAAAAGACCUUGUCCGACCAAUUUGAGGCCAGGAGGGCAAAGAACAAAGCUAGCAGGGAAAGAAAGUUUGCUAGGAGGGAGGAGCGUUUGGCACAGGGACCAGGAGAGAGGCCAGUUCAACCUGCAGCUCCGGCUGCUGCCGCACCAGUCCAAUCAGCUCAGGGGUCUAAGAAGUCAAAGAAGUGAGGAUGAUGAAUUGUAAGGAGGGUUGGUGCUAAGCCUGCUUUUUGUUCUUGUUAGUAUGACAGUUUAGUAUGUUUGAUCUGUUCCCUUAUUGGUCUUUUAACUUUGAAAGACAGCGUCACCUGUACGAAUUUCGAAGCGGGUUUAAAGUUUUGAUACCUUGUUUCUCAGUGAUACAUUUUACCCAUAUGUUUUGAUUAUAUAUUCAACUUAGUUGCUUUUCGUCGGAUGGAAUGUAGUGGAUGAGCUGAUAUUUGGGAAUCGAUUUCUUAUACUUGUUGCAAUUCUCAGC